AUGCAACAAUUGAAGUGUGCUCUUGCCUAUUUACAUGAUCACACAUUCCAUUUCAUUUUUUGUGUAGGUGAUAUGAAAGAACACACUCUUCCAGAAGUAGAGCUUCAUGACCUAGAUCCAACGGCGAUAGAACUGCUGGUAGAAUACGCAUAUUCUGGCCAAAUAGUUAUCACAACAGAUAACGUUCAAGUACUUCUACCAGCUAGUAGUUUGUUACAGAUGCAAGAGGUCAGAGAAGCUUGUUGUCGAUUUCUUCUCAGACAGUUACAUCCAACGAAUUGUUUGGGGAUUAGAAGUUUUGCUGAUACACAUUCCUGUAAAGAGUUGCAUCACAAAUCGCAUAUAUAUGCUUUGCAAAACUUCCAGCAAGUAGUUUGUACUGAGGAAUUUUUACUGUUGCCAUUUGAUGAAGUAAAUGAUUUAAUUUCCAAUAGUCAAUUGAAUAUCUCUUCCGAAGAAGAUGUCUUCACAGCAGUUCUGAACUGGGUGAAGCAUGAUUUGGCUGAAAGAAGUAAACAUAUUCCUAGGUUAAUGCAACAUGUGAGACUGCCGCUAGUCAAUAGAGAGUUUUUGAUGACUCGAGUAGAUAACGAAAAACUUAUUAGAGAGAACAACGACUGCAGAGAAUUGUUAUUAGAGGCCAUGAGGUAUCAUUUGGCCCCUGAAAGGAGAUGUGCUUUAACGUCUACGCGAACCAUGGAAAGAAAACCUAGUGGUGCUGACCCAUACCUCUUUGCAGUAGGUGGGGGCUCACUUUUCGCCAUUCAUGCGGAAUGUGAAGUGUACAACCCUAAAACGGACACUUGGUCCUCGAUAGCGCCUAUGCAGUGGCGCAGAUCAAGAUCGGGGGUUACAGGGUUGAGAAGACUACUUUACGUUGUAGGAGGCUACGAUGGCGCCUCAGACCUAGCCACUGCUGAAUGUUACAACCCACUCAAUAACACGUGGUCACCAAUCACGCCCAUGGGCACAAAAAGAUCAUGUUUAGGUAUGUAUUACUCGGUGAAGCUACUUUUUGCUUCAAAUGUUUCCAAAAUUUUUUUUGAUUAG